GAGCGGGGCGAAGCACGGCCCCGCUGGCGGCCUGAGGGCGGCCCUGGCUGGGCAGCGGCGCCAUUGGCGGAGCGUCUGUGCGGGCCCGGGAGCGGCGGCAGCGGCCGGAGGCCGGGGAGGCGGCAUUGGCGGAGCUGGGAGGCGGCCCCGGCGCAGGAUUUGUCGUUGCCAGGGCGUGGCUGGAUGGAGGAGGAGGAAGAGCCCCAGAGAUCCUGCACGGGGAGUGGCUGCAAACCCAGCCCAGGGAGCUGCGGGGAGGAAAGAGCCCCCCUGAGCCAGGAAGGCGGUCGGAGAUCCAGCCGGAGCUCAGAGCUGGUGGAGAAGGCUCAUGGCAGGGAGAAGCCACACAAGUGCUUGGAAUGUGGGCAGGGCUUCAGCUGGAGCUCUGGCGUGAUCCAGCACCAGAGGAUCCACACUGGGGAACGGCCCUACGAGUGUGGGGAGUGUGGGAAGGGUUUCAGAGACCGCUCCAAACUGAACCAGCACCAGAGGAUCCACACUGGGGAACGGCCCUACGAGUGUGAGGAAUGUGGGAAGAGCUUCAGAGACAGCUCCAACCUGAUCCAGCACCAGAGGAUCCACACUGGGGAACGGCCCUACAAGUGUGGGGAGUGUGGGAUGGGUUUCAGAGACAGCUCCAGGCUGUUUGAGCACCAGGUGAUCCACACCGGGGAACGGCCCUACACCUGCUUGGAAUGUGGGAAGAGCUUUGGGUGGAGCUCUGCCCUGAGAAUACACCGGCGCAUCCACACUGGGGAACGGCCCUACAAGUGUGGGGAGUGUGGGAAGAGCUAUGUGCAGAGCUCUGGCCUGAGAAAGCACCAGCACAUCCACACUGGGGAACGGCCCUAUGAGUGUCCCCAGUGUGGGAAGAGGUUUCAGACCAGCUCCAAUCUCCUCCUACACGAGCGGAUUCACACAGAGGAGAGGCCCUUCCGCUGCCCCGACUGCGGGAAGGGCUUCAAGCGAAACUCCCACCUCACCGUGCACCGGCGCAUCCACACCGGGGAGAGGCCCUACGAGUGUGGGGAGUGUGGGAAGAGCUUCUCCAGGAGCUCAACCUUGACUGAACACCAACAGAGGCACCACUAAGGGAAGCCCUGUGAGUGCCCCAAGUGAGGGAAGAGCUGAGAGUGAGGGAAGAGAGUGAGGGAAGAGCUUCGUGUGCUGCUCCAGCUCCAUCCCCCAUGGGAGGCUCCGGGCUGGAUGAUCCCCAGUGACCCCCGUUGGGCAGAGCCCUGGUGCCCCCAUAUGGGGAAUAAAACAGAGAGUAAAACAAUGGAGCCGGCAAAGGGGCCCGAUAUCUGAGGCCUGACUGAGCAGAAACUGUGGGAGACACAGACACCGUUUAAGUCUCCCUGGGCAAGAAGUGACCAAGCAUCCUGUUGUGAGACUUUGUGAUAAGAUAAUGUUCCCAGGUGACAUGAUGUCAUGAAGAAUGUGUAACCAAUGGAAAUUGUUAGCAAACAUCGAGCCCUAUAAGCACCACACAAGUAAAACCCUGUAUAAACACACCUGGUACCCUCAAUAAAAUUGGCUUCUGAUCUGA